GGACGGCAGCGGGGACAUGGAGAAUGUCAGCAUACAUAGAAGUCAGCUAAAAAAAUAGUUUCUCUAAUUGAUAGCAACGAAAUACCGAUUCUUCCCCAGUCCCGGUUGUGUAGACCAGAGAAGCUGACACCAUGGCCACAGCACAAAGCGCAGUGAUGGUUGCAGUGUGCAUUUUGCUCAUAACAGAGCUUAUCCUGUCAAGGAAGGACUACUAUGACAUCCUCGGUGUCCCCAAAGAUGCCACCGAACGCCAGAUCAAGAAGGCCUUCCACAGGCUGGCCAUGAAGCUGCACCCUGACAGGAACAAGAGUCCCGACGCCGAAGCAAAGUUCCGGGAAGUCGCUGAGGCAUAUGAAACACUCUCGGAUGAGAAGAGGAGGCAGGAGUACGACCAGAUGGGCCACAGCCCUUUCUUUACCGAGGACACUACAGCAGGAGGAGGAGGCCGCAACCCACACUUCCACCAUCAGACGUUUGACUUUGACGACAUGUUCCGAGACUUUGACUUCUAUGCCCAGAGCCGUCAGUCUCAGCAGCAGCAGCAGCACCGGCGCCACUUUGAGGAGCACCUCCGCAGCCACCAGCAGGCCCACCAGCAAGCCCACCAGCAGGCUCAUCAGCAGGCCCACCAGCAGGCCCACCAGCAGGCUCAUCAGCAGGCCCACCAGCAGGCCCACCAGCAGGCUCAUCAGCAGGCUCACCAGCAGGCUCAUCAGCAGGCUCACCAGCAAGCCCAUCAGCAGGCCCACCAGCAGGCCCACGCCCGCCUCAAGAGACACUUCCAGGGAGGCUUCGGAGCAGCCGGAGAAGGGGGUGCCACUGGACUCUUCGACGACAUGUUCGAGGACAUGGAGAAGAUGUUUACCUUUGACAGAGACUCCAAUCGGCCCGAAAGCCGCUUCCAGGGCACAGCCAAACAGCAGUGCAGGACAGUCACGCAACGCAGGGGGAACAUGGUGACCACUUACACAGACUGCACUGCCUCCUGAUGGCACGAAGCGGGAAUGGAUACCCCAGUUUCUUUCUUUUUUCAUGAGGAGUUCAGCUCUUUGAGGGACACAAUUGGCGUUUCUAAGUUAUUGCAGUUGCUGCUUUUGAGAUGAUUGAGUGAAAUGUACUUUGUAGUAGAAAAAUUGAAAAAUAAGCUGCCUGAUACAAGGUUGGAGGGUAUUUUGGUCACGGUGCAUUUAUUAUUCAUAUCCUAAUAAGCAACUCUGCCAGAGAAAUGCCGGCCUGUGUGAGUUUUGCUGAAGUGCUAUACAGGUGACAAACAAAAACAAAAAACACCAAGUACGAAUGUGUGUGAGAUGACACUACUGUUUUUGUAACACAAGUCUGUAAAGUAAGAUAAUCCGAAGAAAGUGAAAAUCACAAAUUUGUUCUUUCCAACUCAGUCUAAACUUUAAACUUUUUGCCCUCAUAAGUUAUCUAACCUAAUUGAAUGUUACUUAUUUCCAUCAAUAGUUCUGAAGGAACAAAUGGAAUAUGAAACCAAAACUGUACUUAAAUUGUUAAAUUGCUAAAUUGAAAUUAAUGAAAAAUAUAUACAUAUAUAGUUUUGUCAAGUUUGCUGACCAACGUAAGUAAUUUAUUAAACACAGUGCACAUUAGAGCUUUUUCAGCAUAAUAUGCUGAUCAAUUAUAUUGUUUUGCUUCAUAGUUAAACCAGCAAUUCUCAUUUAUUUAAUCUUUUAAGUCUGAUGGAUUGGUUUUGAGAAGACUGUAUCUAAAUAGAUCAUUCCUGUUUCUGAUGUUACUUUGAAUGACCCAACACUUGUACUGAAUUGCCACUCUGAUGUGCUCUGAAAUACUACUCAGCAGUUAAUAGAGUUUAUGUUUAGGUCAAACAUUUAUCAUGUGUUACAAAGGUGCCUUUGUCUGUGAAUUGGAUUCUAUUGUCAAAUGCUGUAUGCCACACAGGUGAAACUGUUUGCCCCUAAAUGCUAUGUGUAUGUCAUUUCCCAUCUCCACAUACAAAGCAAUGAGGCAGCAGUUUUUAAAAGUAGCCUUGAAAACUCCAAACUACUUCAUUAUAUAUAUAAAAAUGUCCCUACCCCCUCUUUUGUGACUUGUGUACAAUGGGUAAUGACCCUUUCAACUGACAGUAUGGAUCAGCACUUUGGAAAUUCUGUUGUGUUUUGUUGUUUGUGUUUCUAUUUUUCAUUUUUUCACCACAAUUAUUUUAAAACAUUACCAGUUUGUGUUUUUGUUAUGGUGUGUAUAUGUUUUAUGGAAAACAAAAAUAACAACAACCGUAGUAACGUACCAACAUGAUGCAGAUAAGAAGAAUGUAACCCAUCUUGUGUAAUCCCAACUUGUACCUUGCUUGAGCAAUGAUCAUGGUUCAAUACCAUGGUUGGACCACAAUAUUGAACCGUGUGUAUGUAUGUAGGUGUGUGUGAAUGGGGAUGUAUACUGUGUUCUUUGACAUAUCACCUUUUACCUCAAUUUUUUUGUUGUAUGUACGUGCAAUAUUUUAAGUGCCAGCGGCUCAUCUGAUAUGACUGCUGAUGCAGUUUCAUUGUUACUGGCUGGCCUUAACUGUGUUUUGAAUCUCAGCUGAGUCUCAGCUCUGUCCCAUUCAGCACUUUGCAUAUGAAUCCUGUGGAUGGUUUGUUUUGUGUGAAUUAGACUGGCAGGUUGGAGCCGGUGUGUACAAUUUGGGGUGGAUGAGAAAUAAAAAUCCAGUAUUAUA